CCAUCGCUGUAACAGCCCGCGUGCUCACGCCGACGUCCAGCAGCAACCCGGCCUCGUCCUCGUCGCAGGCGCACACGCCCGUCGUCGACUGUCCGUUCAACAUUGAGUUCCGCCAGGGGAGGACGGGAAGGUACUGUGCGAAGCCGGCUGCCUCCGCCAUCGAUGUCAGACGCCCCCCGGAGGAUUCGAAUACCGUCUAUAUUGUACGGCCGGAGAAGAAGUGGAAGGCCUUGAAGAGGUAUCGGGAUUUUACUGGUGGGUUGUGAUUGUUGUUUUUGGGGCGGGGGAGGAUGGGAGUGGGGGUGAUGCUUGCUGAUGCUGGGACAGUCGGUGAGGAGCACUUCGUGCCCGGCGACUUUGUGUACAUCAACAACGAGAGCAUACCGCACGGGACGGAGCUGACAAGCGUGGACGAGUCGAAGUUCUGGAUCGCGCGGAUUCUCGAGAUCAAGGCCUCGGACGAAUUCCACGUGUACCUGCGGAUCUACUGGAUGUACCGGCCCGGGGACCUGAAGGGCGGGAAGCAGUGGCAUCAUGGCGCCAACGAGGUGGUCAAUAGUAAUCACAUGGAUGUGGUCGAUGCUAUGACGGUCAUUGGAAAGGCCCAGGUUGGACAUUGGCUCGAAAUGGAUGACGACGAGGAGCUGCCGAUGCUCUACUGGAGACAGAUUUACGACUACAUGAGCAAAACGGUUGGUGAGGUCAGGAGGCACUGCAGGUGUGACAGAUAUUAUAAUCCCGACAGGAAGAUGUACGGCUGCGGUAAUCCGGCGUGUGGGAAGUGGUUGCAUGAGGAGUGUCUGAUUGAAGAAGUCAAAAAGCGGGUGAUGGAGCGCGGGGGUGGGCCGCCGCCGAGGACGGAGUAUAAGAUGGACGUGGAUAUUACCGAGGGUGGUGGGGGCUUGGUCAAGGUGGCGCCGAAGCGGAAGGGCGGCGGUACGGGUGUGGGUGUGGGGCUUACCGUCCCUGCGCUGCGCACUGCUGCCGUCCCCGAGAUGCCAAAGAAGAAUACGCAUAUUGCGGCCGGGGCGGUGCAUGCAAAGAACGGAAAGAGGAAGACGAAGAAGGAGAUACUCGCCGAGCUCGAAAAGAUACAGGUUACGUUCGUCGACGGCAAGAAGGUGAUGGCGCAUGUGCGUGAUAUCCGCGGUGUCAGUGCUACAGUUGGAAAUAAGAAUCACGAACACGAACAUGCUGAAUACAAGAUUCAGGAAUGGGAUGAAACUGUUGAUUGUUUGGCUUGUGGUACAACGCUCGAGUGAUGGGGUGUGGUGUUUGGGCAUUAUUUUUACGAGAUGCUUUAUGUGUUUCUUAUUAUUAUGGGAGUGUGGGAGAGGGCUGAGAAAAUAAGAAUGACUGGACGAAGGAUAGUGCUCGGGGAAGGUCUAUUUCAUUCAAGUAUUGGGGUUGGCUUUCUGGGGAGAUAAUGGUGUUUAAUGGUGUUUCUUUGCUCUAUUCUGCUUUUGCUCCUGUCACCUGUGUAUGUUUUAUGAGUUUUAUCAUUGUUAUUGAGCGGUUUGCUUUUGUUUAAUGAUUUCGCGCGGUCUAAGGGUGGUAAUAGAUGGUCGUUACGCGA